AAAGGCUCGAGUGCUGUGCUGGUUGGCGUUCGAGUGUAUGUUGGUGGAUAUAUGCGCAACACCACCGACAUUGCCAUGAAACGCGCUAUCAGCCUCGCUGGAGGCACUAUCUUGUCAACUGCCUCGAGUGCCACCCACAUUCUGACUUCGCAGCAACUGAGCGGGUCCAAAACACAGAAGCAUCUAACAACGAAGCACAGGAACGGACCAGUUCAUGUUGUAAGACCAGAGUGGGUGACCGACAGUAUAGAGGCAGGUCACAGGCUACCGGAGGCGCAAUAUUCUUUCAUCAAGCCUGCGGGAGCUCAAGACCUCCGCGAGAUGUUCAAGAAAUCCAGAUCACAGAACCAUGCAAAUGCCGAAGGAUCUAAGUGA